AUGGUCCAAGAAAUCAUCGACAACAUUGCCGCCAGAGGCAUCUCCUACUACACGCCGGCUCAGGACCCUCCAGCCGGAACCGGGUUGGGCGGAUCAACGAAGCUGUUCACCCCCAUCACUAUCCGUGGCACUACCUUCCAGAACCGCGUGUUCCUUUCGCCACUCUGUCAGUACUCGGCCAAGGACGGCUACGCUACUGACUGGCACUUGACGCAUCUGGGUGGCAUCAUCCAGCGCGGCCCAGGGCUGGCCAUUAUGGAAUCUACCGCCGUGCAGCGGACCGGCCGCAUCACGCCACAGGACCUUGGCCUCUGGGAGGACGGUCAAAUUGGGCCUCUGAAGCGCAUCACCGAGUUUGCGCAUAGCCAAGGUCAGAAGAUUGCCAUCCAGCUCUCCCACGCCGGCCGCAAGGCGAGCUGCGUUUCUCCCUGGCUGAGUGCCAACGCCGUGGCGGUUAGGGAGGUCGGAGGCUGGCCGGACGAGAUUGCCGCUCCUUCAGCCAUCCCACAAGAGGAGGGAAUCAAUCCUGUGCCCAAGGCGUUCACUCUAGAGGAUAUUGAGGAGCUCAAGACUUCCUUUGUGGCCGCGGCCAGGAGAGCGGUCGAGGCAGGGUUUGAUGCCAUCGAACUGCACUCGGCGCAUGGCUAUCUACUCCACCAAUUCCUAAGCCCCAUUAGCAACCAGCGGACUGAUGCAUAUGGGGGCAGCUUUGAAAACCGGACUAGGAUCCAUAUGGAACUUGCCGAUCUUAUCAGGGCUGCCAUCCCUGAUACCAUGCCUCUCUUCGUGCGGUUUAGUGCCACGGACUGGUUCGAGUUUGACUCGAGCCUCAAGGCCGAGUUUCCGGACAGCUGGACUGUCUCCCAAUCGGUCCAGUUCGCCUCCCGUCUGGCCGACCAUGGAGUCGACUUGGUUGAUGUCAGCUCAGGCGGGAUACACGCCAAGUCGGCCAUUGCCAUUAAGGCGGGCCCUGCCUAUCAAGUUCACUUCGCGCAGGAGAUUAAGAAAGCCGUGGGUAACAGGCUGCUCGUGGCAGCGGUCGGUGGGAUCAAGACUGGGGCUCUGGCGGAGGACACGCUGCAGUCUGGCAUCGAUGUCGUCCUAGCUGGACGUUGGUUCCAGCAGAACCCCGGCUUGGUCGGCGCGUUUGCACAGGAGCUUGGCGUGAAGGUUAGGAUGGCCCAUCAAAUUGGCUGGAGCUUUGUAGGCCGGGGAGAGAAGCGACGUAGUUAA